ACAACAGGCGGCACGCCGGGAUGCUACUCUCACCUGUUAUACAAUCUCCGCGUCUCCAACGUCUCCAUAGUCGAUAGUACGAUGCGAUAGACUUUAUCCACAAUACUGCAUGUAUAUACUGGCCGCAACGGCGCACGCUGGUCGUGAUAUCUAUCUUCUUGCCCAAACCCGAGCUUCACCUCGCCAUUGCAACGCCUAGGAAAGCACACGAGGCCUAGGAAAACACAGACAAAGACAAGAUGAGAGCCUCCAUCGCGGCCGCGGUCGCGCUCUUUGCUGCUGUCAACGCAGACACCACUGCCACCGCAGACACAGCUGCUCGCCCUCCUCCUCCUCCUCCUCCUCCUCCUCCGCCGCCUCCAUGCCGCAAUCUUCCCGGCGAUCCUGGAUGGCCAUCCGCUGCCUCAUGGGCGGCGCUGAACAACACACUCGGCGGCCGACUCAUCGCCACCGUCCCUCUCGGAACGCCAUGCCACGACCCGAAAUACAACCAGGCCGUUUGUGCGAAUCUGCAAGCCAACUGGGAGCUGCCGCAAACACACUACGUGACGUCGUCAUCGGUUAUGCAGCCCUUCUUCGCCAACCAGAGCUGCGAUGCCUUCACCCCCGAGUCUCAGCCCUGCCUCCUGGGCAACUACGUCAGCUAUGCCGUCAACGUCUCAUGCACCGCUGAUGUGUCCGCCGCCCUGGCGUUCGCAACCAAGAACAACAUCCGCGUCGUUGUUCGCAACACUGGCCAUGACUUCUUUGGCCGCUCUACCGGUGCUGGCGCCCUGGGCAUCUGGACCCAUAACCUAAAGUCCGUCUCCGUCAUCAAGAACUAUUCAAGCGCAGGCUACUCUGGCGCUGCCAUCAAGGUCGGCGCCGGAAUCCAAGGCUUUGAAAUCCUCGAGGCUGCCCACGCCCAGGGAUUUGUCGCCGUCACUGGCGAAUGCCCAACCGUCGGCGUCGCCGGAGGCUUCACCCAGGGCGGCGGCCACUCUGCUCUCAGCACCCAGUUUGGUCUCGCCGCCGAUCAGACUCUUGAGUUCGAGGUUGUCACUGCUGCUGGCACUGUCCUUACUGCUUCUCCUUCCCAGAACAGCGACCUGUACUGGGCUCUGAGUGGAGGCGGCCCCGGCUUCGGUGUCGUCACUUCCAUGACGGUCAGGGCUCAUCCCGAGGCUAUCGUCGGUGGCGCUCAGAUUGACAUCUUUGCCGCCUCCACCACCCAGGAGAACUUCAACAGAGUCAUUUCCGAGUUCUAUGCCAUGAUUCCUACCAUGAUCGAUCAGGGUGCCAUGGUGGUUUACCUCAUGAACAACCAGAUCCUCGAGGUCAAGCCGAUUACCGUCUGGAACUCUACCGCCGACUUCGUUGAGAACACUGUUCUCGCUCCUUUCACCGCAUUGCUCUCUGAGCUCGGAGUUCCCGCAACCAUCAAGUACACCGAGCUUUCAUACUUUGACCACUACAGCACCUACAUGGGCCCUCUCCCCUAUGGAAGCCUCGAUGUCGGCGACUUCAACUACGGCAGCAGGCUGAUCCCCCGCAGCGUCCUCGUCAACAACAACGAUGGUCUCCAGGCCGUCAUCCAGAACCUCACCGCCCAGGGUGUCGUGAUGGCCGGCAGUUCCGCAAACUACGCUCGCCCCGCCGGCGUCAACAACGCAGUCCUGCCCGCAUGGCGAAACACCACGAUCCAUCUGCAGAUUGGCACCCCCUGGAACAACACGGCCCCUUGGUCACAGAUGGUCGCGGACCAGAACACCAUUACUCACGAGUAUAUGCCCCAGCUUGAGGCCGUGACCCCGGGCAGCGGCAUCUACAUGAACGAGGGUGAUUUCCAGCAGCCCAACUUCCAGCAGGAAUUCUUCGGCUCCAACUAUAACACUCUUCUUUCCAUUAAGAAGAAGUAUGAUCCCAACUCUCUCUUCUGGGGCAACCGCCUUGUGGGCAGUGAGGCUUGGACGGUCGCGAACAAUGGAAGAAUGUGCCGUGCUCCAUGAAGAGCCCUUCGAUGAUGGGAGGAUUUUUGUAUAAAUAAUUAUUGUUAGUUGCAUAGAUGGAGCCAGCGUGAGCUACGGAGAAUAAUUUAUGAAAGAUAAUAUAUUGAAAGAAGUAAAAUAUCAUCAAUAC